UAACAAUUGUUAACAAGUUGCUUCCCGCCCAGUACAUAAAUGUGAUUUAAGUCGUAAACAUACAUUUAUUUUAACGAAGAAAUGAUAUUAAUUGUAGUGUUAAUCGCAGUCACUAGUGGUUUAUUCCUGUUGAACUUAAAUUACAAGUACUGGAAAAAACGAGGGGUUCCUGGUCCCAAACCUACGUUCUUUGUUGGAAAUUUAGCAGACAAUUUUCUUGUAAAAAAGUCAUUGUCUGACCUGUACGCCGAAAUUUACCAAAAAUUUCAAGACUCUCGUUUAGUGGGUAUUUUCAAAGCAAACACCCCGGUUCUGAUAAUUCGCGACCCGGAACUAAUCAAAGACAUCACAGUCAAGUCGUUCCAACACUUCCACGACAACGAUUUAUUCCUCGACAAAAAUAUCGACCCUUUAUUAGGACGAAAUCCAUUUUUCUUAAAAGGCGAAGAAUGGAGAAGCACACGAGCUUUGUUAACUCCGGGUUUUACAAGCGGGAAGAUGAAAUGGGUUUAUCCCUCACUGGAAGAAGUCAGCAGGGACCUUGUCACCUACAUCGAUAAACACCAAGAAACAACCAGCUUCAAAGCCAAAGAACUUUGCAUGAGAUUUACCUUGAACAGCGUCGGAGCUUGUGCUUUUGGACUUGACGCCAAAUGCUUCGAAGAAGACAAUCCCGAGUUUAAGCAAAUCGGGGAUAGGUUUCUGGUUCCAGAAGGUUUUCAAGCCGUCAAAGCGUUCCUUAUUAGAAUGAUUCCUGUCUUGAGGAAGAUGGUUUCUUUCAGAAUCACUCCGAAAGAUGUGGAAGAAAAACUCACAAAUAUAGUGAGACAAACUUUACGCUACCGUGAAGACAAUAACAUCGUCAGGAACGAUUUUAUGCACAUACUAUAUCAAAUGACUAAAACGAACUCAGAUUUUAAGGAAGUUGAUGCUACAGCACAUGCUGCUGGGUUCUUUGUAGAGGGUUACGAAACAAGUUCGGUUGUAAUGCAUUUUUUGUUAUACGAACUUGCAGCAAAUCGUAAGGUUCAACUCAAAUUGAGACAAGAAAUAGACAAGGCGUUUGAAGAAAACGACGACACCUUACCGUACGAAGAACUACAAAAGCUGGUGUAUUUAGACGCUGUUUUUAAUGAGGCGCUACGAUUGCAUCCGCCUGUGGGUUCUUUGAGAAAAGUUUGUACCAAACCUUACACCUAUACACCAAAAGAGGACGAAAUGAUUAAGUCUUUCGUUAUCGAAGAAGGAAUGAUUGUUAUUUUAUCACUGUAUGGACUACACCGGGAUCCAAAGUACUUCACCGAUCCGGACUGUUUUAAACCUGAACGGUUUCUUGAUGCCAAGAAAGACAGUUUUAAGUAUGUUUUUAUGCCGUUUGGUGAAGGUCAAAGGGCUUGUUUAGGGCAAAGGUUUGGCUCUCUUCAAGUGAAAAUCGGUGUUGCUUAUAUAAUUAGGAAUUUUGAAAUUUCUGUUAACGGAAAGACACAGUUGCCUAUUAAAUACGACCCUGUGUAUAUACUGACGUUGCCGAAGGAGCCUGUGUGGCUCGACUUCAAGAAGAUCCGAUGAUUUUAUUUUGAGAUGUUAUAUAAUUAUAAUGUUACUAUAUAACCUUAGUACUAAGUAAUUUAGAGACUUUGUUGUCAAUAAAAAUGUAUUUUCGAAGUCCUAUUUUGAAUAUACUGAGAUGACUAUUAA